CAGGUGACGUGGGGCGACGCUGUGCCGCUGCGGUCGCACCUCGCGGCGUCGGGGCGUGGGAUGGAGCUGUCGACCCUCACUUGGUUUGGAGGCCGCUUGCUCUCGUGCGACGACCGGACAGGGAUCGUCUACGAGAUCUCGAAGGGGGAGGCGCGGCCGCGCCACAUCCUUGCGGGCCCGACCGCCGCCGCCCACUUCAAGUGCGAGUGGGCUGCGGUGAGGCACGGCCAGCUCUACGUCGGAGGCAUCGGCAGG